AGAUGGGGUCUGCUCAGCGUCACAAAGCCAAGAAGGGGCACAACAUGAAGGCCCCAAAGAAACGCGCGGCGCUCGCAAGGUUUCUGAACAGGCACGUCGACCAGGUGUGGAAGGAUGUUCGUGCUGACCCCGAGAAGGAGGAGGCCAACGGCAUCCGGGCUGAUGCGGCUCUUCCCCGCACGGCCAAGCAGCCGCUCGACGAAGACCUUCCUGGGAUGGGUCAAUACUACUGCGUCGAGACAGGAAGGUGGUUCAUCAACAAGCAGGCGCUCGACCAGCACAAGAAGUCGCGAUUUUACAAGAUGAGAGUGAAGGAGCUCAAGGGAGCUAAGCCGCACUGCCAGCGCGAUGCUGAGGCUGCUGUGGGCCUGGGAGUUGACAAUGGCCCCAAGCUUGGCAGGGCUCCCGCAACUCAGCCACAGAACAUGGCACUUGAGCAAUGAUGGCAGGUACAAGCCUCAAAUCUCUGUAUAUCACCCGUAGUUUCUUCUUUCAAUUUAAACCUUUGUGUUAAUCUUGUGUGAGAUUUCAAUGUGUUGUCUCACGAUUUUUGUAUCUGUUGGGAAUGAACUCAAAGCUUCCA